GAAUUCAUUCGCAUACACUUACCUUUCAAUUCGUCCGAGAUAGGGCCAGCUUGACAACAUGUUCUUCGAAGCUACUGCAACCCUCCUCUUCCUCUCGAUCUUCCUGAGCGAGGCCUUGGCCGCCCCAGCAGGCUCAAAGCACAACAUCUACCUCGUCAAAUGCGAGCCGAACGAAUGCCCCAUCGGCCUCUGUGACCCAGGGGAAUUCACUAUCAUGGGUGCCGCUCUUUUCAGAAAUGGACCAGUCACUAGCGGAACACGAGUAACGAAGCCCGAUGUCUUCACGGAAGUUAGCGGCUAUCGCUCGCAGUGGGAAGGGGCCAAGCGGACUGUGCGUAUGGGUACUGAUGGCACAUUGACAUCAAACAUUUCUUCCGGCGCUGCAGCGUUGGCGAAAGGGCAAAUUGCGGGAGAUGCAACACUAGGCUCAGAACCGUUUACCUGUUUCAAAGACGGCAGUACUAAGUUCACGAUCAGCCGUGAUGGAGAUGCAUACACCUGCACAACGAGCUACUGGUGUCCUUCGGUUGAUGUUUCGAUAUAAUUGCGACAGUACGAAGGCCGUUAGGGCACACCUGUAGAUGGAUAUGUAUAAAUCGAGUCGUGGAAAGGCUAGAUCAUAAAAUGUACAUAUAUCUGGACUUCAA